AUGCUCCGCGUCUUCGUCCUGCGGGCCGAAAAUGUCCUCACAGGCGACAGCGACAUCAGCGACACCUACUGCUCCUCCACGUUCCAAGGUGUCAAGAAGAGGACAAAGGUCAUCAAGAACAAUGUGAAUCCUGUCUGGAAUGAGGGAUUCGAGUGGGAUCUGAAGGGAAUCCCUCUGGAUCCUGACGCCGAGCUCACCGUGGUGGUCAAGGACCAUGAAACCGUGGGGAGAAACAGGUUUUUGGGAGAAUCCCGGGUGCCGCUCCGGGAUGUUCUGGGCACGCCCAGCCUGGCGGCCUCGUUCAACCUCCCCCUGCUGGACUCGCGCAAGGAGAGCACCGGGGCCUCCCUGUUCCUGCAGGUGUCCUACAUCCCCCCUCCGGGCGCUAUCCCGCUUUUCCCGCCUCCGGCCCCUCCGGAGCCGGCCCCGGCUGCAGUCGAGCUGGACACGGUCACGGAGACGGCCGGGGAGGAGGACACGGAAGAUCCGGAGGCCACGGGGGACACGGAGCCCUCGGCGUCCUCGGGAGCCCCGGGCUCGGAGCCGCCCUCACUCCCAAGGAAACCGUCUGGGAAUCACAUCCAGGGGGUGAAGAGGAGGAGGAGGAGCUCUCCCAAAAAGCCUCUAUCCAACAAACCGCAGGAUUUCCAGAUCCGGGUGAGGGUCAUCGAGGCCCGGCAGCUUCCCGGGAUCCAGAUCCGGCCGGUGGUGAAGGUGACGGUGGCUGGACAGACCCGGAGAACGCGGAUCCGGAAAGGGAACAGCCCCUUCUUCGAUGAGACUUUUUUCUUCAACGUCUUCGAGUCCCCAUCGGAGCUGUUCGAUGCUCCCAUUUUCCUCACGGUCGUGGAUUCUCGGUCGUUCCGCACGGAUUCGGUGAUCGGGGAAUUCCGGAUGGAUGUGGAGACCAUUUACUCCGAGCCAAAACACGCUUUCCGCAGGAAGUGGCUGCUCCUCUCGGAUCCGGAGGAUUUUUCCGCGGGAGCCAAGGGCUACCUGAAGGUCAGCGCCUGCGUGCUGGGGCCUGGAGACGAAGCUCCCCUGGAGAAGAAGGAGGUGUCUGAGGACAAGGAGGACAUCGAGGCCAACCUGCUGCGCCCCACCGGGGUCACCCUCAGGGGCGCCCAGUUCUGCCUCAAGAUCUUCAAAGCCGAGGACUUGCCCCAGAUGGAUGACGCUGUCAUGGACAAUGUCCGGCAGAUCUUUGGCUUCGAGAGCAACAAGAAGAACCUGGUGGAUCCCUUCGUGGAAGUCAGCUUUGCCGGGAAAACGCUCUGCUCCCGGAUCCUGGAGAAAAACGCCAACCCCCAGUGGAACCAGUGCCUGACGCUGCCGGCCAUGUUCCCGUCCAUGUGCGAGCGGAUGAGGAUCCGUGUGACCGACUGGGACCGCCUGACACACAACGACGUCGUCGGCACCGCUUUCCUCGGAAUGUCCAAGAUUUCGGCCCCCGGCGGGGAGCUGGAGGAUGAGUUUCCUGCUCCUGUGAAGCCUCUGAAACCCUCGGACCUGGAUGACGGGCUGGGAUUCCUGCCGACCUUCGGGCCCUGCUACAUCAACCUGUACGGCAGCCCCCGGGAAUUCACCGGAUUUCCCGAUCCCUACGAGUCGCUCAAUUUGGGAAAGGGCGAGGGGGUCGCGUAUCGGGGCCGGAUCCUGGUGGAGCUGGAGACCAAACUGGUGGAGCACAUGGAGCAGAAGGUGGAGGAGAUCCCUGCCGAUGACAUCCUGAGGGUGGAGAAAUACCUGCGCCGGCGGAAAUAUUCCCUCUUCGCCGCCUUCUACUCGGCCACAAUGCUCCAGGGCGUGGACGGCGCCAUCCAGUUCGAGGUCAGCAUUGGGAAUUACGGAAACAAGUUCGACACCACCUGCCUGCCCCUGGCCUCCACCACCCAGUACAGCGGGGCCGUGACGCCGCGCUGUCCCCCAGGCUGUCACUACUAUUACCUGCCCUGGGGGAACGUGAAGCCCGUGGUGGUGCUCUCCUCCUACUGGGAGGACAUCAGCCACCGCAUGGACGCCCAGAACCUGCUGCUCUACGGGGCCGAGCGGCUGGAAGCCAACCUGGAGAAGAUCCACGUGGCUCUGAAAUCCAACCGCUCCCCGGUCGAGCUGGAGGCCCUGGGAUCCCAACUGCUUGACGACGUCAUCGCCGACUGCAGCCUGAAGCUUCCCGAUGUCCUGGGGAGGGCGUCCAGCACCCACCUGGAUCAGAACCUGUUCCGCUUCCGGAGCACCCACCUGGAGCAGAUCCUCAAGGUGGCCCUGAGGCUCAAGCAUGAGAAUUCCGGCCUCUCCCAAAUCCUGGAUCAGGCGGAGGAUUGGCUGUGCCGGCUCCAGGCCAUGGCGGAGGAGCCCCAGAACAGCCUCCCGGACAUCGUCAUCUGGAUGCUCCAGGGGUACAAACGCGUGGCCUUCGCCCGCAUCCCAGCCCACCAGGUCCUGUAUUCCCGGAACAUCCCCACCUGCUGCGGCCGGAACUGCGGGAAGCUCCAGACCAUCUUCCUCAAGUACCCGCAGGAGGAGGUGAUGGGGCCGCGGAUCCCGGCGCAGAUCCGGGUGCGGCUCUGGUUCGGAUUGGCCGUGGAUGAGAAGGAAUUCAACCAAUUCGCCGAGGGAAAACUCUCCGUCUUCGCCGAAACCUAUGAGAACCAGACCAAGCUGGCGCUGGUGGGGAACUGGGGCACCACCGGCCUCACUUAUCCCAAAUAUUCCGACGUCACCGGCCGGAUCAAGCUUCCCAAGGACAGCUUCCGGCCUUCCGCGGGAUGGACCUGGGCUGGGGAUUGGUUCAUCUGCCCGGAAAAGACGUUGCUGCACGACGUGGACGCCGGGCACCUGAGCUUUGUGGAGGAGGUGUUUGAGAACCAGGUCCGGCUUCCCGGAGGGCAGUGGAUCCACAUGACCGAUUCCUACACGGACGUGAACGGGGAGAAGGUCCUGCCCAAGGAUGAGAUCGAGUGUCCUCCAGGCUGGAAGUGGGAAGAUGUGGAAUGGGACACGGAUCUCAACAGGGCUGUGGACGAGAAAGGCUGGGAAUACGGGAUCACGAUCCCGCCGGAGCGCAAGCCCAAGGCCUGGGUGCCGGCGGAGAAGAUGUUCCACACCCACCGGCGCCGGCGCUGGGUGCGGCUCCGCCGGCGCGACCUGGAGCACAUGGAGGCCAUAAGAAAGCACAAGCAGGAGGAGCUGGAUGGGGAUGGUUGGGAAUACGCUUCCCUCUUCGGCUGGCGCUUCCACCUCCAGCAGCGCCGCUCCGACUCCUUCCGCCGGCGCCGCUGGAGACGCCGGAUGGAGCCUCUGGAGCGCACCGGCCCCGCCGCUGUCUUCGCCUUGGAAGGGGCUCUGGGAGGAGUGACGGACGACAAGAGCGACGAUGGAAAAUCCGACGGAAAAUCCGCGUCCACCCUCAGUUUCGGAGUCAACAGACCCACGAUCUCCUGCAUUUUUGACUCCGGGAACAGAUUCCACCUGCGCUGUUACCUGUACCAGGCCCGGGAUCUCAUUGCCAUGGACAAGGACAGCUUCUCCGAUCCCUACGCCAUCGUGUCCUUCCUGCACCAGAGCCAGAAGACGGUGGUGGAGAAGAACACCCUGAAUCCCACCUGGGAUCAGACCCUGAUCUUCUACGAGAUCGAGAUUUUCGGGAAUGCUCAGGACGUGGCCGAGUCCCCCCCCAACAUCCUGGUGGAAAUCUAUGACCACGACACCUACGGCGCGGAUGAAUUCAUGGGACGCUGCAUCUGCCGGCCCAGCCUGGAGCGCUCGCCCCGGCUCUCCUGGCAUCCCGUCCUCAAAUCCGGCCGGAACGUCGGGGAGCUCCUGGCUGCCUUCGAGCUGAUCCAGAGGGAAAAGCCGGCUGUUCAUCACAUCCCUGGAUUUGAGGUAAUUCCCGACUCCUCCUUCCUGGAUGAGUCCGCGGAUUCCGACCUUCCCUACCCGCCGCCGCAGCGGGAGCCCAACGUUUACAUGGUCCCGCAGGGAAUCAAACCCGUCCUGCAGCGCACGGCCAUCGAGGUCCUGGCCUGGGGCCUGAGGAACCUCAAGAGCUUCCAGCUGGCCAGCGUGACCUCGCCCAGCCUGCUGGUGGAGUGCGGGGGGCAGCGCGUCCAGUCCGGCGUCAUCAAGAACGUCAAGAAGAACCCCAACUUCGACGUCUGCGUGCUCUUCAUGGAAGUGCGUCUGCCCAAGGAGAGCCUCUACAGCCCCCCCAUCAUCCUGAAGAUCAUCGACAACCGCCCCUUCGGCCGGAGACCCGUGGUGGGACAGUGCACGAUCCGCUCCCUCCAGGAAUUCUACUGGGAUCCCUCCCAGCAGGACACGGGGGCGCCCCAGGAGCAGCCAGAUGACGUCAGCCUCACGCCCAGGGACGACGUCCUCAUCGACAUCGAUGACAAAGAGCCCCUGAUCCCCAUCCAGGAGGAGGAAUUCAUCGACUGGUGGAGCAAAUUUUACGCUUCCACGGGAGAGAGGGAAAAAUGUGGAUAUUACUUGGAAAAGGGAUUUGACACCUUGAAGGUCUACGAGACGGAGCUGGAAAACGUUGAGGAAUUUGAGCAUCUCUCCGACUUCUGCCACACCUUCAAACUGUUCCGGGGGAGAUCCCAGGAUUCCAGCGACGACCCCUCGGUGGUGGGGGAAUUCAAGGGUUCCUUCAGGAUUUACCCUCUCCCUGAUGAUCCGCGCGUUCCGAUGCCUCCCCGGCAAUUCCAGCAGCUCCCGGCCAGAGGACUCCAGGAAUGUCUGGUCCGGGUUUACAUCAUCCGCGCCUUCGACCUCCAGCCCAAGGAUUCCAAUGGGAAGUGUGAUCCCUACGUGAAGAUUUCCGUGGGAAAGAAAUCCAUAAAUGACCAGGAGAAUUACCUUCCCUGCACUCUGGAGCCUGUCUUUGGGAAGAUGUUUGAGCUGAGCUGCACCCUGCCCCUGGAGAAGGACCUCAAGGUCACCCUCUACGACUACGACCUCCUGUCCAAGGACGAGAAGAUCGGCGAGACCGUCAUCGACCUGGAGAAUCGCUUCCUGUCCAAAUACGGCGCUCGCUGCGGCCUCCCCCAGACCUACUGCGUGUCCGGCCCCAACCAGUGGCGAGACCAACUCCGCCCUUCCCAGCUGCUCCACCUCUUCUCCCUGCAGCACAACUACAAAGCUCCCACCUACAAAUCCGACCGGAUCAUCUUCCGGGAUCAGGAGUAUGUCCUCUCCGAGCUGGAAGAUGGAAAACCCCCGAAUCCGCACCUGGGGCCGGCGGAGGAGCGGCUGGCCCUGGCCGCCCUCCGGAAGCAGGGAUUGGUUCCGGAGCACGUGGAGACCCGGCGCCUUUACAGCCCCCUCCAGCCGGACAUCGAGCAGGGAAAGCUCCAGAUGUGGGUGGAUCUGUUUCCCAAAUCCCUGGGACAUCCCGGCCCCCCUUUCAACGUCACUCCACGCAAAGCCAAGAGGUUCUACCUGCGCUGCAUCAUCUGGAACGCCAAGGACGUGAUCCUGGAUGACCUCAGCAUCACCGGGGAGAAGAUGAGCGACAUCUACGUCAAAGGGUGGCUGGUGGGACACGAGGAGAACAAGCAGAAGACGGAUGUCCACUACAGAUCCAUGGGAGGAGAAGGGAAUUUCAACUGGAGAUUCAUCUUUCCCUUCGAUUAUCUCCCGGCAGAGCAGAUGUGCCACGUGGCCAAGAAGGAACACUUCUGGAGCUUGGACAAGACGGAAAACAAGAUCCCACCCCAGCUGAUCCUCCAGAUCUGGGACAACGACAAGUUCUCCUUCGACGACUACUUGGGAUCCAUCCAGAUGGAUCUCAACAAGAUGCCCAAGCCUGCCAAGACGGCGGAAAAGUGUUCCCUGGAUCUUGUGGAUGAUUCCCUGUCCUCCGGCCGCUCCGUGUCCCUCUUCGAGCAGAAAACCGUCAAGGGCUGGUGGCCCUGCGUGGCCGAGCAGAGCCAGCAGAAGAUCCUGGCGGGCAAACUGGAGAUGACUUUGGAAAUCGUGGCAGAACAGGAGCACGAGGAGCGUCCCGCCGGGAUGGGACGGGAUGAGCCCAACAUGAACCCCAGGCUGGAGGAUCCCAAGCGUCCCGAGACCUCCUUCCUGUGGUUCACGUCCCCGUACAAGACCCUGAAGUUCAUCCUGUGGCGCCGCUACAAGUGGGUGCUGAUCCUGGCCGUCCUCCUCUUCAUCCUGCUGCUUUUCCUGGGAAUCUUCGUCUACGCCUUCCCGAACUACGCUGCUAUGAAACUGGUGAAACCUUUCAACUGAAGCUGCUCCCGUGCCUGCCUGGGAAUUUUGGGAAGGAAUUUUGGAAGCGGAGAAGGAACAACCUCGUCCAGGCCUCCAGCUGCUGCCAAAGACUCUGCUUCCCUUUGGAAUUCCACCUGGGAAGCGUCACCUCA